UCAUUUAGAAGACGCUCUUAUCCAGAGCGACUUACAGUAAGUACAGGGACAUUCCCCCCGAAGCAAGUAGGGUGAAGUGCCUUGCCCAAGGACACAGCGUCAUUUGGCAACCUUCAGAUUACUAGCCCGACUCCCUCACCGCUCAGCCAUCUGACUCCAGAUAACACUUCAGCAACUCACGUGAGGAAGAGGAAUGGAAUUGGAAAGAUAAAAUGAAAGUGACACUGCCUGCCGAAGCCGUGAAACCUGGUUUUUCGUUUGAAAAAGAUCAACACCAGCAAAUCCAAAUCCAGAGUGAGUAUCUGUAUCUCCUUAUCCACACAAACAUGACUGGCUUCAACCAAAGGUUCAUUGCGCCUCAAUCCAUGUGGGCAGAGGAUGACUUCACUCUCCCACCAGGGGUGUUGAACUUUGACAAACCCAAGGCUGGUCGGACCUACAUCAUGUACCAUGGCACCACUAGACAUGCUGCUCUUGCCAUACAGGCUAAUGGGUUCCGGCGAUCCAGAGGAGGCAUGUUGGGUCCAGGGGUGUACCUCAGCCGAGACCUGCAGAAGGCUAGCAGAUACCCACUAGAUUUGCGUGAGCAUGAGAGGGUUGUUCUGAGGGUGAAGGUCAAUGUUGGCAAAGUGAAAAAAAUAGACCACAAGAACCACCCAGAUCAGACAACCUGGCAUGAUCGUGGUUAUGACACGGCCUGGGUUCCACCUAACUGUGGCAUGGUGAGGAGUGGCCUGGAAGAAGACUGCGUUUGGGAUCCAGCCCGCAUCACUGUUCUUAACAUCAUCUAUCCUCAGUUCAUACAAGUAGAGGCAACCAGAAACCAAGAUGACAAUGUUCCCCUCUUCUUAUGUGUUGCCUGUGCUGUUGGUGUUGUAUUGUGCCUACUUCUGGGCCUGAAAUCACCAUUACCCGCCUCAAAAUACUGCCUAGCGAGAGCUGCAUCACCAAUUCAAGAUAAUAUGUACAAGCCAGCGCUCCAAGUGUCUCAGUGCACCCGGGCAGAGGAUGACUUCACUCUCCCCCCAGGGGUGACACCACUCGAUCAUCCAGAACCCAAGUCUGGUUGGACCUACAUCAUGUACCACGGUACCAGCCAAGACGCUGCUAAAGCUAUACGGAGGAAUGGGUUCCGGCGAUCCAGAGGAGGCAUGUUGGGUCCAGGGGUGUAUCUCAGCCGAGACCUGCAGAAGGCUAGCAGAUACCCACUAGAGUUGCCUGAGCAUGAGAGGGUUGUUCUGAGGGUGAAGGUCAAUGUUGGCAAAGUGAAAAAAAUAGACCACAAGAACCACCCAGAUCAGACAACCUGGCAUGAUCGUGGUUAUGACACGGCCUGGGUUCCACCUAACUGUGGCAUGGUGAGGAGUGGCCUGGAAGAAGACUGCGUUUGGGAUCCAGACCGCAUCACUGUGAUGGGCACCAUCGCUCCUAAGGUUGUGCGGCCAUCACCGGCCAGAUCACAUCUGGAAUUCCCAUCAUAUUCAGACUUCCGAUCCUAUCCGGAAUUCCGAUCCUACCCGGAAUUCCCACCACAAAAUAGUUUUAUGCCUUGGCAUUCUAGCCGUGAAGUCGAAACUCUACAUAAUGUCUUUGAUGAUCUGUCGCUUGAGCAAUCAUCAUCGGAAACGUGUUUGUGUGGGAAAGUCUGUAAGAACCUCCAUGGCCUCAGAAUUCACCAAGGAAAGAUGAAAUGUUUAGGAAACUGAGGUAAUGCAGGAUGACAACGUACCAGCAGCAAAGCAUUUAUGUCAUGGUCACACUCUGCCUCCACAGCCCACCCGAUCACUGCCUCCACAGCCUACCCGAUCACUGCCUCCACAGCCCACCCCGAUCACUGCCUCCACAGCCUACCCGAUCACUGCUUCCACAGCCCACCCGAUCACUGCCUCCACAGCCCACCCGAUCACUGCCUCCACAGCCCACCCGAUCACUGCCUCCACAGCCCACCCGAUCACUGCCUCCACAGCCUACCCGAUCACUGCCUCCACAGCCCACCUGAUCACUGCCUCCACAGCCCACCCGAUCACUGCCUCCAGGCCUCUGCUUGCUUUUGUUGUACUGUUUUACCAUUGAAACCCCUCUAUUCCUCCCAACCUAUAACAACACGUUAUAAAAGAGCUAUGAAUUAGACUGAAUGUACUGUGACAAGUACUAACCUAUGGUUGUGACUUUAGUACCUUAACGGUGGACGGGAGCCCAGCAGAUGAAGAUGUAAGGCAGUCAAGAAGGAGAGCACAGGAAACAUCCGGAACAGGCUUCUUAAUAAGAAGAAUUAACCUCUCUUAAAAAAAAAUCUGGUGUCUGAUUUUAUUAAUAAUAUGAUCAUUCCAAUAGUGUAGGAUCAUUAAUCAUUAUUAAUUAUUACAUUUUCUGUCUGGGUAUUUAGGUUUGUAAGUAUUUUAUCUGAACGUUUCCUGAUCUUGGUUUGCAGUGUUUGUUGUACAUGCUGUUUCCUUGUGACACGUGGCUUCAAAAUAAGCGCAAACUCUGUAGAAUGGUAGGCUACGUAAGCUAGGUUUGUACAAACGGUUUCUGCUUUCUCUAUGUUGAUGUCCUGUGCAUAGACAGUAUCAGUAGCUAGUGUUGUAUCACGCUCCCAGGCACACAGCCCCACUUCGAGCACAAGUUUGUUUCGAGUGCCAACUGCCAAGGUUUAUUAGCAUAAAACUAUAAAUACAAUAAUUCAAUGCACAAACUUAUCUUAACCUGUACUCUUUGAAUACAUCAAUCAUUUAAGCCUUUA